AUGGUUGGCACCGGUGGACCCGUGGCCACUUUCUCUGUGUGGGAUUAUGUGGUUUUUUUUGGGGUCAUUGUGGGGGCAGCUGGCAUCGGCCUUUUUCAGGCCAUCCGAGGUCGUAAGGAGGCCAGCAGUGAAGAGUUUCUGUUGGGUGGACGACAAAUGACAGCUAUACCAGUAGCCAUGUCGCUCACUGCUAGCUUCAUGUCUGGCAUCACAGUCAUCGGCACACCUGCUGAAGCUUACAAGUUUGGAAUAGCCUACUGGGUGUUUGGAAUUUCCUACGCCAUCAUGGCUGCGAUGUCUGCCGAGAUCUUUGUUCCACUUUUCUAUCGGCUGGGGAUAACCAGUGCCUAUGAGUAUCUUGAGAUGCGCUUCAGCCGACCUGUUCGGAUUAUUGGGACGUCAAUGUACAUCGCACAGACGGCUCUGUACACCGGGUUAGUCAUCUAUGCUCCAGCACUGGCACUCAAUCAAAUAACUGGACUUCAUCUGUGGGGAGUGCUGGUGGCCACAGGAGUGGUGUGCAUCGUUUACUGCACUCUGGGUGGUCUGAAAGCAGUGAUCUGGACAGAUGUCCUGCAGAUGGUGAUCAUGCUGGCAGGCUUUGUGGCAGUCAUAGCGAGGGGUGCCGUGCUGCAGGGAGGACUUGGACAAAUAUGGGAAGAUGCUAGAAUCGGAGGCCGACUCGAAGCAUUUGACUUUGACCCAGAUCCUCUGAAAAGACACACCUUCUGGACCAUAGUGAUUGGUGGCAGUAUAAUGUGGGCGUCCAUCUAUUCCAUUAAUCAGUCCCAGGUGCAGCGCUACAUCUCAUGUAAAACACUGGGACAUGCCAAAAUGUCUUUGUAUGUCAACAUGGUUGGCUUGUGGGCAACUGUGAGUCUGGCUGUGUUCUCUGGCCUCACAAUGUACUCAAUUUACAAGAACUGUGAUCCACUCUCAAACGGUGAUGUGAAUACCUCUGACCAGCUGCUGCCUUACCUUGUGAUGGACAUCCUGGAGGACUAUCCUGGAGUUCCUGGUCUGUUUGUGGCGGCAGCAUACAGCGGCACACUGAGCACGGUGUCUUCCAGCAUUAACGCCCUCGUCGCUGUGACAGUGGAAGACUUCAUUUUUCCAAAUGUCAAACCCUUAACAACCAAACAGGUGACCUGGAUGAACAUGGGACUGAGUGUGUUUUUUGGGGGUGUGUGCAUCGGUAUGGCUGGAGUGGCCUCGCUGAUGGGAAGCGUUCUGCAGGCCGCUCUUUCUAUAUUUGGCAUGAUCGGUGGGCCUCUACUUGGACUUUAUCUUCUGGGCAUGCUUUUCCGAACAGCAAAUUCAAAAGGAGCCAUUGCAGGUUUGAUCACUGGACUGGCGGUGACACUGUGGGUCGGGAUCGGAGCCCAGCUUUACCCACCAACUGCUGACAAGACAAACCCUCUUCCAUUAAGCACCGCCAACUGCACCAACAGGCUAAAUUUCACCACAGUGGUUCCUCCGACCAGCCCAGUGACUCUGACCACCCCGGAUGAUGUGAGGCCAGCUCUGGCAGACUCCUGGUACUCCCUGUCCUACCUCUACUUUGCCUUGUUGGCCACACUGGUCACAAUGGCGAGUGGUCUACUGGUGAGCAUUUUCACAGGUGGGCUCAAGCAAGAUGAGCAGAGCUCAGACUUGUUUGUGAGGAAAAGUGAUUUAUUCUGCUUUAACUUUUGCACUAAAUCAAAGGAGUCGGACAUUCCAGAAAAAGCCGCUCAAGACAUCAAUCUGGGAAAAACCAACUCAGCAUAUGUGGACUUCGAAGAGUCGACCACAAAUGUCGGAAAAAGUACUAAAUUAUAA